AUGGUUGCAGCCAUGGGUGUAAUAUUGAAAGAACUUGCUUCACAAACAGAAAAAGCGAAACAAACUUACGAAGAGAUAUCAAAAAAUAUAUAUAGGGGCAAAGGUGUUGGGGACGUUGGACAUGGUGAAGAUUAUAGGUGUAAGGAUAACCCGAACAAAGCUUGCGGCGAAUACACUGGUUGUGUGAAUCGAGAACUUUUUAUAGAAUGCGUUGAUGGUGAAUGUCCUUGUGGAUCAUAUUGUCAGAAUAGACGAUUUCAGGAUGCCAAAUAUGCAGAUGUAGAUGUUAUAUUUCUUCCACUAAAAGGAUAUGGACUAAGAGUAUUGCAACCAUUAAAAAAGAAUCAAUUUGUAAUGGAAUAUCUUGGUGAAGUUAUUAAGAAUGACGUAUUCAUGAAACGUAUGAAGAAGUAUAAUGAAGAAGGGUUAAAGCAUUUCUAUUUCAUGUCACUUCAGGCUGGAGAGGUUAUUGAUGCGACUGAUAAAGGUUGUGUGGCUCGAUUUAUGAAUCAUUCAUGCGCUCCAAACUGUUAUGUACAAAAGUGGAUGGUUGGUGAAAAAUAUCGAAUUGGAAUAUUUGCUCUCCGUAAUGUCCAAGAAGGUGAAGAAUUGACCUUUGAUUAUAAUGCAGAACGAUAUGGAUCUGAAGCUCAGGCUUGUCAUUGUGGAGAACCAAACUGCCGUGGUAUUAUUGGUGGGACUAAAGAAACUGGUGAUUCUAUUUUAUCCCAAGAUUUAAUCGAAGCUGAACAAUUAAAACCAAUACAAAGCUGUGAUGACGUAUUGCCUUUCAUUAGUCUCAUGCUUCGUUCAAUUGAAAAACCCGCGAUGAUUACAAAUGACAUUAGUAUUCUAAAAAUGUUUAUGAAAUUACAUGGCUCUAUAAUGCUCAAAACAUAUUUACGUGAAUACAAGGACAAUGAUGAUAUUGUCGAAAAGACUCUCAUAGUCGCUGAUAAAUUACCAUACAAAUAUAAUAACCGUCGUGUUGAAUCAUCACACCUUAAAGAAUGGGUGUCGAAAUUCACAAGUCGAAAUGAUAGAAUUGGAGAACUUUGCCAAUCACUUAUAGAGAAAUGGCAAAACCUUCCGGAAUUCUACAAAAUUCCUAAGUAUAGUGAACGAGGUCUUUUACCCCCAGAAGCUCAGAAAAAAGAAGUAGAGGAGAUGGCUAUGGAUAUUGACACACCAAAGAAUUCAGAAACUUCUGAAUCUAAAGAAGAUCACCCAAUGACAGAUCAUCCAAUGACAGAUCAUCAAAUGACAUCCGAUGAAUACUAUUUCUACGAGUCAGCACAUGACUUUUAUGUUCGAUUUACGGAUAGUCAUUUUCCAUUUCAACAUCUUUCUCAAAGGGAUUAUUGGGCCUCUCAAAAGCUUUCUCCUCACAAACAACCCAACUCAUCACAAUCCGAAUAUACUCAUUGUUCUUCGUCCUAUUUAAAUGAUCAUCACAAUACUGAAUCUAGUUCUUCUAGUUCCUCACGGUAUAGUAAAUAUGAUAAAUAUUCAAAUAAACAUUGGCAUAAUAGGACAUAUGGUUCAUCACAAUCACCAGCAGUUCCUCCACAACCCGAAUUGCCACCUCUUGCACCUAAUUGGUGUGAAACUACUGAUGAAUAUGGUCAUGUGUAUUAUUAUAACAAGUAUACUAAAGAGACUUCAUGGGAAAGACCCGUUGUAAAAGAUGAUAUGAAAACUAUUGAUGGAUUUAGUAAAGCUGAACUUCAAGGAAUUAUCGAACGUGCGGAGGCUUUGGCAAAAAAAGCGGAGAAAGAAAAAGAAAGGGCUGCUAGGGAACGUGUAGAAACCAAUAAAAUAGGUGUAACAACAACUUUAAGUCACAACCUUAGUGAACGAGAUUUCAGAAAUGCUAUUGCAGCUGCUGUGGUAGAUUAUUGUAGUCGGUUUAAACGUCAUAUGGAUGUUCAGACAUUUAAAAAGCAAGCCAGAACUUUAUCUCACCUUGUACAAGAUAAGGAACUUCGCCGUUCAGAAUGGCGUAACGUGGUGACAUACCGGUUUACUGACGAGGCUAAAGCUCGGAUCAAGAGUUUUGUUAUUGACUAUAUGAGGAAAUUGGUUUCACGAAUAAAAUCAUCUGCUGAAAAGCACAAAAA